GACCCCUCAACCUUUUUAACCUCGUCUUCUUCUCCUCAAAACAACACUUCUCGAUAAUUUAUCUUUUUUUUCCAUCUUCCCACAAACAACUCUUUCUCCUCCUUCAUCUCCUCACAUACACCAACCGCAAUCAUGGUUCAAGCCAACGGAUCAAAUGGAGUUUCUCACCACAACCAAGGAACCUUCCUUUUCACCUCCGAGUCUGUGGGUGAGGGACAUCCAGACAAGAUCGCUGAUCAAGUCUCCGAUGCCAUUCUCGAUGCAUGCUUAGCUGAGGACCCUCUCUCCAAGGUUGCUUGUGAGACUGCUACUAAGACUGGUAUGGUUAUGGUCUUCGGUGAAAUCACCACCAAGGCACGUCUCGAUUACCAAAAGGUUAUCCGUGGAGCCAUCAAGGACAUCGGAUACGAUGACUCUUCCAAGGGUUUCGAUUACAAGACUUGCAACGUUUUGGUUGCCAUUGAAGAACAAUCCCCAGAUAUCGCUCAAGGUCUUCACUACGAGCAAGCUCUCGAGCAAUUGGGUGCUGGUGACCAAGGUAUCAUGUUCGGAUAUGCCACUGAUGAGACUCCUGAAUUAUUCCCUUUGACCCUUCAAUUGGCACACAAGCUCAACGCUGCUAUGUCCGCUGCUCGCAGAGACGGAAGCUUGCCAUGGCUCAGACCUGACACCAAGACUCAAGUUACCAUUGAGUACAAGCACGACAACGGCGCUGUUGUCCCACAAAAGGUUCACACCGUUGUUGUCAGUGCUCAACACGACGAGAACAUCACCACUGAGUCUUUGAGAAAGGAGAUCUUGGAGAAGAUUAUCAAGAAGGUUAUCCCAGCUCAAUACUUGACUGAGGAGACCAUCUACCACAUCCAACCAUCUGGACUUUUCAUCAUUGGUGGACCUCAAGGAGAUGCUGGUCUUACUGGCCGAAAGAUUAUCGUCGACACAUACGGUGGAUGGGGUGCUCACGGUGGUGGAGCUUUCUCCGGAAAGGAUUUCUCCAAGGUUGACAGAUCUGCUGCCUACGUCGCCAGAUGGAUUGCCAAGUCUUUGGUCAAUGCCAAACUUGCUAGACGUGCUCUCGUCCAACUUUCAUACGCCAUCGGUGUUGCCGAGCCACUCUCCAUCUUCGUUGACACAUAUGGUACAUCCAGCAAGACCUCUGAUGAACUCGUUGAGAUCAUCAGAGCCAACUUUGACUUGAGACCUGGUGUCAUUGUCAAGGAGCUUGAUUUGGCUAAGCCAAUCUACUUCAAGACUGCCAAGAACGGUCACUUCACCAGCCAAGAAUUCAGCUGGGAGAAGCCAAAGACCCUCAAGUUCUAAAUAAAAAUAUAAUAAACUCAAACACAACAUCAGUACAAGACUCAACGUCUUUGUACAACCAGGAUUCCCUGUAUUUCCUACGGAUAUCUAACGGCGCAAUGAUUGAUGAAAGGCAUGGUCUCAACGACCUUUGGGGCCAACAUUUGGCGGAGUUUUUUUUUUUGAUAUCAUUCUCAUUUUUUUUAUUACACCUGCUUUGAACAGCGCUUUAUUGCAUGACAAAAGCACUAUUUUCUGAGUUUCUUCUCAUUUUGUUUUUCAAGGAUAACAUACUUCAAAAGACACAGACGAAGAUAAAAAGUCUUUCAACAUAGACCGUAGAUAUGGCGGGCAAUGGAUUAUUACUCUUUUCGGGGAUGGGAAGUGUGGCAUAUAUAGCAUUCGGCGUUACGGAGAACUUCAACAUCUUCAAUAUAGUCGGAGAAUACCUUGGGCA